AUGGCUGUUGAAGGCACACCAGUCCGCAUUGCCGUCGCUGGCGCCGGCCUCAUUGGCAAACGACACAUCGAGGAGGUGUCCAAGUCGUGUGACACCGUCCUGGUCGCUAUUGUCGACCCCAGCCCUGCUGCUGCCGCCGUUGCCAAGACGUACGGCGUGGCCUUGUACCCGACCCUCGAUGCCCUCUUUGCCAGCGCCGACAAGCCUGAUGGAGUCAUCCUCGCGACACCCAACUCGUUGCACGUCGACGGAGGGCUCACAUGCGUCUCUGCAGGCGUCCCUGUGAUUGUCGAAAAGCCCCUCGGCGACAGCGCCGCUGAGGCUCGCCGCCUUGUCGACGCUGCCGCAGCGGCUGGUGUCCCCUUGCUCACUGGACACCACCGCAACUAUUCGUCUAUCAUGGCCAAGGCACGCGAGAUCGUCCAGUCUGGCGUGCUCGGUGACAUCGUGGCCAUCACUGGCACAGCUCUGUUCUACAAGCCCGACCCGUACUUUGACGAGAACGGCGGCUGGCGUCGUGAGCCCGGAGGAGGCCCAGUGUUGAUCAACCUCACACACGAGGUGAACAACCUGCUCUCGUUGGUCGGCCCCAUCACUUCUGUUCAAGCUACCACCUCCAACGCGACCCGCAAGUUCCCAGUCGAGGACACGGCUGCCAUGGUCUUCCGCUUCGCCUCUGGUGCCCUCGGCACGUUUGUCGUCUCGGACACGGCGGCCAGCCCCCGCAGCUGGGAGCAGACUGCCCGCGAAAACCUCAGCUACGCAAGCUACAACGACGAGGACUGCUACCACAUUGCUGGCACCCGCGGCAGCCUGAGCGUGCCCACGAUGCGCCUCAAGGCGUACGGCGAGGACGCCAAGCGGUCGUGGUGGGAGCCCUUCAACACGAGCACGGCCGCAUUGCAGAUCCAGGACCCGCUCGCUGUCCAGGUGGCGCACUUUGCCGACGUUAUUCGCGGCAAUGCCAAGCCCAUCUGCAGCGGCGCGGACGGUCUGGCUACGCUGCAGGUGGUUGACGCGAUCGUCGAGUCGGCACAAACGGGCCAGCCUGUCACAAUAGCUGCAUAG